AUUUAUUAUUUAAAUGGCAGAACGAGGUCAUGCUUUAAAAUAAGAUAUAAGCAAAUUAGCUUGGGAAGAAACAGAUUUUCCUAUAGUAUGCAAUAAUUGUUUAGGUGAAAAUCCUUACAUAAGAAUGGUAAAAUAAUAAUCUAUAAAAUUUCUAGCUAAAGGAUAGGUUUGGAAAGGAAUGUCGAAUCUGUGCAAGACCAUUCACUACAUUCAAAUGGAAACCUGGGAAUAAUUCCAGACAAAAAUAGACAGAAGUUUGUUAAACCUGUGGAAAAAUUAAAAAUAUUUGCUAAGCUUGUUUUAAGGAUUUAGAAUUCAACAUGGGAUUAUGCACUAGAGAUAAAUUCUUAGGAGAAUAAAAAAUAGAAAUUCCUGAACAUACAGCGAAUAGGGAUUAUUGGGCUGAAUAAGCAAAUCGUCAGAUUGAAAGAUUGAUUUUACCAUAUGAUAAGCCUUUACCUUUAUUCGACCAAAUAAUGAAAGAGCCAAGAUUAGCAGAUGUGAAUAAUUAAUUAAACGAUGGAAAAUUAGAACCCGCUAAUUAAGUUUAUAGAGAGCCUUUGGAAAAUCCUGAAGACAUUGAUUUAUUAUAUAAGGAGAAGUUUGAAGCAAAAGGGUUGUUGCCACCUGAUGACCCUAAAAUUUGUAGUUUAUAUGUUUCUCAUAUGACAGCUGAUAUCAAGGAAUCGGAUUUAAAGUAAAUUAAUUUUUUAAAUAGACAUUUAUUUUCAAAAUUUGGAAAACUCAAUUCAAUUAAAAUAAUGGAACAUGGUCAAAGUUGUUUCGUCAACUUUGCAAAAAGAAAAGAUGCAGAAACAGCUGUAAAUGCAUUAUAUAAUAAUAUUAUAAUCAAGGAUGUUAUAUGUAAAAUUCAAUGGGCAAGAGCUCCAAAUAAAAAGGUUCCUAUCUAAGGUAUGUACAUUAUACAAUAUAUAGAUAUAAUCCAAUCAUUAUAACCAGAGGAGAAUAAUAAAGCUCACCCACCUCAAGCUCCCCCAUAAAACAUCAAUAAACAUUAAUAAUCUGAAAAUAAGUAUAAGAAAAUUUGAUUUUAUUUUAGUUUGCUGAUUGGACUACUUAAUACAUAAAUGACAUAUCCUAAUCAAAAUCCAUAUUAAAAGGGUGGUGUAAAUAAUAAAUAAAUAUGAC